UUCUGGGAGUCAGAACUUUUUCAUUUUAUGGUACCAAUGUGUGGUGAAGAAGUUAUAUUUAGACCUUUAUUUUUUGAAGAACAGCUAGUGUGGUGUUACUAAAUAAGAAAAUAAUCCGCAUGAUUGUAAUUAGGGCCAUAAUUGGUUUGUAAUACCAGCCAAUGGUGUCUGUAGCAAUGUGUGCGUUUAUUUUAUGUAAAGCUGUGUUGCGUUGUUUACAGUAGCAGUGCUUGUUAUGUUAUUAAAGGAGAGGCGCCGCCCACUCACUCUGUGCCGGUGUUAUAAACUCACUCACCCCCAGAACUGUGACAGACACAAAAAUCAGCCAAUGAGAGAACAGUGCUUCAUCUCACUGACCAAUCAGAGAGCAGCGCUUCUCUCAUCAACCAAUCAGCUGCCAGCACGUCACAGCGUUCUGUGUUUUGUUGCUGUCAAGACAACUGUGUGAUGAAGAGAGUGUAAUCAUGGCCGUUUCCUCGAUAUGGUGGCUAAAUAGACUGUACGUUUUCUUCUCGAUAUGUCCCCUCUGUGUGCCAGCCUUCUUGAAUCUAGAAGAGCUGAAUGAGAUGAAAUACGGGAUUCAGAUUCUUCCCGAUCCCGUAAUGUUGGGGCAGACCAAGACAGAGGAGGUUAUGACGGUGUCCAGUAAAUACAAGCAGCUGUAUGAAUGUCGACUUCCAGCCCAGGCCAUCCGGUUUCAUCAGGACCCUGCCUCUGAGCCCGACUCACAAGGGUACACCGGGCCCGACAUCCCAGACCUACUCAGCCCAAUGCACAAUGCCCAGUGUCUAGUGAAGACGAAGGACUGGUGGACAUAUGAGUUCUGCCACGGUCAGCAUAUCAGACAGUACCACCUUGAAGACACAGAAAUCAAAGGGGACGUUCUCUUCCUCGGUUAUUAUGAAUCUGAAUUUGAUUGGAGCAAUGAAACAGCGAAGGCCUCCAAACUGCACAGGAUGAAGCGCUACCACAGUCAGACCUAUGUAAAUGGCUCAAAGUGUGAUCUAAAUGGAAAUCCCAGAGAGACUGAAGUCCGGUUUGUGUGCGAAGAAGGCUCUGGUGACUACAUUGCCCGAGUGGAUGAGCCUCAGUCGUGUCGCUAUGUGCUGACUGUUCAUACCAGCCGUACCUGUCAGCAUCCAUUUCUGCGACCGCCGUCCACUGCCAAGCCCCAGGGUAUUGUUUGCCAGCCAGCACUAAGUGCCCAACAAUACAUGGAUUACGUCAAGGCUCAAGUCUCGGACACGAAGCGUAAAGUAGAGCAGAUCUCAGAGGAGCUGAGGAGUCUUGAUGAGAUGUUGGCUGGUAAUGAAGGCGCGGAUGGAGCAGUGGAAGUAACUGCAGAAGAGACAUCACCUGCACCCAGUGAUGACCCGAACCAGUCAGACACAAAAGAUACUGCUGAUGUAUCUGAGGACGCCGGGUCAGAGGAAGCAGAAGAUUCUGACUUCUGGGAGGGAGUUACAAAGCCAGGGGGUUCAAAAACACCUGCUUCUCAACAGGAGAAUCAGGCAGCAGAUGAUGGCUAUAACUCACUGACAGACAAUGAAGUCAUGGAUGAUGGUGAUGAAGUUGAAAAAUUCAACUUUAAAAUCAUCACUGACCCGGCAGACCUGAUGAAAUUUGUCCAACAUCUCAAAGAGAGUAACAGGAAGAAAGCACAAAACCAAGCCAAAAGUCGAGGAGAGAAACCAAAUAGCGACAGGGUAACGGAGAAGCUCGGAGAGGAAGAGAAAGAUGCAGAUGAACGCCUCAUACAGGAGUUUGAGGAUGAGAUGGCCGACCUCUCAGUGCCCUCUGAUAAAAUUGAAGAGAUAAAAGAGGAAAUGCAGAAGGAGUUUGACAACAUCAUAAAUGAGGCUCAGCAGGAAUUAGAGACAGAAGGUCUGAAAGGGGAGUUUGAUCGCACUCAAGCGACACAGACACUGGAGACGACGCUGGACAAGAUACUUGAUCAUUUGGAGGAGAAAGAUGUCCAGGACCCGGAGCAGCAAACAGCGGGAGUUCAGAGAGCCAGCGACCCCACCAGAGGCAGCCCCAGCCUGGCCCCGAAGCAGCCAGACCAAGCAGCUGACGACCAUGUUAAGAUCAAAAUUACUAAGUAUAAGACGGGCAGCAGCCCUGAUGGGGAGGUCAAAGUUCAGGAGAUGGGCGAAGGAGACCCCCAGUGGCAGCACAUAAAGGACGUGGUUAAAGAACAGCUAGAGAAAGCAGGACUGAAGGCAGAAGGUAAAAUUGAGGUGAAGAUCUUGACGCGAAAAAAUGCAGAGGAGGCAGGUGAUCAGUGGCUGACUGAAGAAGAUACAAAGUCCUUCAGGGAGCUCCUCAUAAAUCUCCUGACUGGAGGCACAGAAGAGGUUUACAAAGAGCAAAAGAGGCAGCAGGAGUUGGAGAACAACUACAGGUUUGUGUGGGGAGAGUCCCAGGAGGAGACCCAGUCAACCAGCGCCUCUGACUCAGACGACGUGGACAUAUGAGCUCAUUCGGUGCACCUGUUGUGACGGUGAACUCCUGUGGAGACCAGCAGGGCGGGGGGGGACUCUGAAGUGCAGCUGCAGAUUUGAAAGAGAGUCCCAAAUGAUUCAGUUACCGCUAUAAAAUCUGGUGGAUAAUAUCAACUCACCUGUUUGCACAUUCAGAAAAUGUGUUUGUGUGUCAUGAAAAGGCAAAAUGUGUCUGUAGUAGGCACCAGUUAUAUGUUGCACGAUGAAACCGCAACGUCUCAGCUCCACUUGUGCAGUUGAAUGAAGUUAUGCAUUUCCCCUUUUUUUGAAGGGAUUCAGUUUUGAUAGAUGGUGAUGUACCUUUUUUUUUUUUUUUUUUUUUUUUAAAAAACAUGUCAGUGACUUUUACUGAAAAUGUGCAUCUAGUUCUGGAGUUGUCAGCAGCACACUGUGUGUCUUUGUCUUAUAUGUUGCUAUUGACAAAGAAGUCCUCACCUUUAAGGGACACAGCUGGGGUUAUUGUGCAUUGUGCUGUGUUUGCACAGGUUGUUCAAUUUAUAAUGUGUAUGAUUGUGUCUGGAUAUGAAAAACAAAGGACAAAUACUCAAGGGUUGACAUUUCAGUUCCCGCUUGUCUUUGAGACUUUCUGUUGCUGCGUUUGGUGAUUAGAUUAAACACAACUGUAGAUUACACAAGUGUUGGUACACAUGCUGUGGCACUUUAUAUCUUUAGAAAAAGGUUCUGUAAACUCAGAAAUCUAGCAUUGUUUCACAGAAACGUGUGUUUCUUUUGGGUUGUCAUGUGCUGUGAAAGGGAUUUAAAAGAAAAACACUAAAAAGAGUGUUGGAAGAUAGAUCUUUUAAGUGUGUACUUUUCAUUUCUGACAAGGAUUUAAUUUAGCAAAGGAAGACAAAGAACGCUUCAAUGUCAAUCAGACCAAAAUAAUAAAUCCACACAAGACUUUUCUAAGGAUCCUUCAGAGAUGUACUUAAGGGCUGAAUUUGUAUCAUUUGUGAAUAAUUGUGACUACUUAGAACUCAACAUGUACAUAAUAAUUGCGUGAAUAUGUUUCUGAAAGAAUUUGUUGUAUAUUAGCACAAACGAAGUGGGAGUUAUAAAUGUGUUCAAAUUCAUGACUGUGCAAUCUUGUAUAUGAAACUUAAUAUCUAAGUCAUUUACAAACUUGCAUUGCUGAUACAUGAUUUUGGCAUGGUUCCCAAAGAGGCCAGUGUCCAGAGGCUCAAGAUCAGAUAAGAGUAAGCAGAACAAAAGAUUCAGGGUGUGUGUAGGUGUACUUGGUCAUUUGUAACCUUAAUGGUCUUAUCUGGUCUUUGGCCUGUAUCACAAAGUGAAAGCUGUUUAUAAUCAGACACUUUAUCACGAUCACAAAUUCUAGGCCCAGUGAAGCCAGAGAGAGCCAGACUUUGUUGAAGUUUGUGAUACAGGCCCCGGCUCCUUCAUGGGAAACAAAUCAACAGUUUUAAACCCUUCAACCUGUCCCUAACAAACACAGAGUGUGCCAUAACACUCUUAGUCAUUUCCAUCCUCACACUUCAGCUGCACACAUUAUUUGUAAACCAUGAGAACUCAGUAGAGGCAGAAAAGACGAGAUAUGUUAUUCUUGAAAGGGACUAUAUUGCUGUAUUAGGAACACCAUAUUGGUUUCAUAGUUUGACAAAAGUCCAUCUGUGCUGCCUUGUAAAUAUAAAUCUUUGAGCACUCUUUAUUUGUUCUUUUGAAAUAAAAAAAAAUUACCAUAUGAGUCCUCUGGACAUCAUCCA